AUGUCUGGCAUCAUGGCUGACGGUGAACACAGUUGCCGUAUCUGUCGAGGAGAGGCAACUCUGAAACAGCCACUUAUCCAUCCUUGUAAGUGCAGAGGUUCCAUCAGGUAUAUCCACGAAGACUGUCUUUUGGAGUGGCUCAAGCAUUCUAGUAAGUCGACCAAGCAGUGUGACAUCUGUAAUACCCCAUAUCAGUUCAAGACCAUCUACGAUCCCAACAUGCCCAACAGAGUGCCUCUACUGCUUAUCUGGAACAAGAUCUUGGAUACUGUGACGAAUGCAUUGAUAACUUAUAUCCUGGUGGUUCUAUAUCUGGCGUUUGUUCUCCAGCUUCCGAUUUUCUGGAAGGUUAUUGGCAGGGUCUAUACGUUCGUAGUGGACGGGCCUCUUCCGCAUGGAAGUAAUGUGGCUCAGUCGCUACUUUACGGGACUGCCAUUGCAUACGAAGAGAACCUGGCUUUCGGGCCGGAUGAGACGUGGUACAGAAAGGCUGUCCACAUUUUCUUCAACACUUUCCUGAAUGGCGUGGUGCAUGUGGCUGCGUUUGUCAUUAUGCUACUAGCCAUUUUUGUGGAACACGAAUGGGUGGUUAGAGACGAAGGCUACACCAAGAUGCUUCUAAACGAUAUUGGCACGGAGCCUAGGUCGAAGUUGUUGGACCUACUAGAAGGCUUGCAAAGAAGAGAGACUGAGAACGCCAAUAACGAGGCUGGCAACGAAAAUGAAAAUGACGAAAACCCUGAUAAUGCCAGAGCUGCUCAGCGGAACCGUACCAUGCGCCUCGAUCUCGUCAACGAAGCUAUUCGUGACCUUCAGAACGUUCCUGAUCAGUUUCCUCGUCAGGCUGAACUACACGAGGCGCUUCAUAAUGGUGUGCUUGAUCCUCUUAUAAAUGGGGCCGACCAAGCUCCUAACUUGCCUGGCGGGUUCGAUCUCGAAGCACCUCAGCCUCUCCCUGAUAUGCCUGCUAACCACGUCCAUCCGUCCUCUGAGGCCAAUGACGACAAUGCUGACCCGCAUGAGGGAAUUGAUUUGGCCAAUACGCCUAACCCUCACCAGGCCGACGAGAAUGUUUCCGAUGAUGACUCGGCAGAUGAGGACUACGUUUACAACGAAGACAAUGCGAGUGAAUCCGGUUCUGACUCCGACCUGAACGCAUCAAUAGAGGAUCCACAUGCUCAAAAUAUCGCAUGGGAGCAGGAUAACAUCGCUGAGGAGGAGCAAGAUGUUGCUGCAGACAAUGCCCAGGGUAUGGCUGCGGCCUUCGAUGCUCAACAGAUGGAUGAUCUUGACGAAGGUAUUUUAGAAAUAAUUGGGCUCAAGCUCAAUAUCUCAACGCCGCUUCUUCUCACUAUCUUUGUUGAUGUCGUCGUUAUGAUCUUUUUAUUUGCAGCAUAUUUGAUACCCCAUAUGGUUGGAAACUUUGUUUUAUUUAUCGUUGCAUUAUCUUAUCAGCAUGCUGUUCAAUACUUUGCGCACCUUGGGUUAGAGAAGCUUGUUCCCGGCUUCAUAUACACAGUUUACAAUUUCGCCCAUGGUCUCUAUGCAAAGUCUGAGCUCCUUACUAAUACUCGUUUCUUCGUCUUCGAUGUUUUCCUUCAGCCAUUAACUGAAGUGGUGUCGCGUUGCUUGACGCUUACUCAAAAGGGCCCAACUACAUUGCCUGAAAGGAUGGUUGCCUUGAGCAUUGGCUACUUGAUUGGAUGCUACGGUAUUCAUUCAGCUAUGAGAAACAUGAUUUCCGGAAAGAAGCCAAUCGUCGGGACCGCGAGGAAGAUUUACAAGGUCUUGUUUGAAGUCACCGCUACAGCUAAGGUAUUUGUUGUCUUUGCUGUCGAAAUAGUUGUAUUCCCAGUGUACUGCGGCUGGCUCAUCGACAUGUGUUUGACACCAAUCUUCAAGAAUGAUUUGAAAGUGAAUAACAAGGAUGGCUCGACAGUAUAUGAGUACCUUUUUGUUGCAUCCAUCGAGAGCUACAAUUCUCCAUCUGCACGCGUCUUAAUUUAUUGGGGCUUUGGCACAAUCUACAUGCUUUGCUUCGCCUUGUAUGUUGGCAUGUUGAGAAAUAACGUUUUACGUCCUGGUGUACUUUUCUUUAUCAGAAGCCCUGAAGACCCAAACGCAAGACUCAUUCAUGAUGCCCUCGUGAAGUCUCUCCGUUUCCAGUUGCUGCGUAUUUGGCUCAGUGCCAAAUUUUACACUGGUAAUAUCCUUUUGGGUAUCGGUCUUGUGACUUGGGGUCUCAGAUGGUUCACGAUGUCUCCAGAUUCAGAAAAGCGUAUUUUCUUGCCUGUUCCCUUGACUUGGGAGGGAAUUUUGCACGUUAUUGCAUUUGGAAGGCUUGCAAAGGAGAACCAUGCCAUGUUAGCUGACUUCUGUGUUAAGUUCUGGAAGAGAGUAUUUGACGUGGUCUGUUAUAAGUUGAGACUUUCUGACUUUAUUCUCUCAAAGCCAGUACCGGAAGAACGAGGCUUCAUCGUGUACAAGAGUUGGUUCCAUGAAUUCCGUGGAGACUUACCAGAUUAUAGUCAUCCAGUCACGUUAAGCGAAGCCAAGCAUAAGCUCAAGGAGGAGCCUAAUACAACCGCUUGUUUCGUACCAGACGGUAACUAUGUGAGAGCACCUUCGAGUGAUACUUCCCGGAAGUUUAUUGAUCAACUAUUCAUUCCAGUGACAAAAGCAGACCAGCCACUUCAAGAGCCCGAGCCAAAGAACCUGAAUCAUGAGGACGGAUAUGAGUCUGACUACUCAGAUGUGGAUUUAAACUAUGAAAAUAGCUACGACAUUGUCUACCGUCCACCGGACUUCAGAUCAAGGUGCAUACUUUUGGUUUUGCUUUUAGGCGUGUUUGCCCAGCUUCUUUUCGUUUUCGUUGGAGUUUCGGCAGCAUUUGCUGGACGGCUUAUUGUGAAUGUCCUCGCGAUGGCGUUCGAUGCUAGUGGCUUGCCUUGGCAUCCAUAUCAAAUCGAUCAUGCUCGCGUUGACCUCCAAUCUGUUGCGUAUGGACUUACGGUGAUAGUGGGCCUCUUGUCCGCCAUUGAUGGUCGUCCUAUGCUUCCUGCGCAAAAUCCGAUCCCUGUUCAAGCUCCUGCCAUAAACAUCGACGUUAAAGGUUGGUUUUUCACGUCCUCGUGGAUUCCAUUCUUUCUUCACACUUCUGUCGCCUACAAGGUAACAGGAAAUGUGUUUGCAGCUGAGCCAGCCCUCUUUGGCACAAAGUUUGCGGCUGACCCAAUGAACCCAAAUCGGUAUGCUGUUGCUUUACAUGCGGUGCUCUUCCUUAUAGCAUGGAGCCCAGUCUUUAUCAGCGGUCGUCAGGAGAAGAAAGAGCAGCCGUUUUGGAAAUUCCUUUGGAACGCUGCCGUGUUUGACGAUAUUGUAUUCCACGUGGCAGUUAUGUGGUUCGAGUCACACUACGUUAGUGGGUUAGCACGCUUGAUUGCAUGCGUGACUGUUUUCACCAUAGUGAAGGUUGUCUUUGCUGGAUCGCGUUUGCUUGAAACCUUGAAUGAUCAAGUGAAAAAUGAAAAGUACGUCCGUGGCACAGCCGUCCAAAAUAUUGACAUGGAUGACGGCAGUACAGAAUAG